UCUUGUGAAUGUGCUUCCCGCUUCUACUCGUAACACCCGAACGGGAAUAAUAGCUGUAGCCUCGAAGAUCUGGAAAGAAAGGGAAGUCCUCGUUGGGAGAGGGACAGCCUGGAAGGGAAACAUUUAACAUUUUCUGGAAGGCAAUGCCUGCCAUUUUCAUUUGAUACUGCAUGAAUCAUAUCAAAUUGAAGUCUAUUGGGCUGCAAGUAAAGAACAUUUAAGAACCGGGUGAAAAUCCCUCCAUUUGCUGGACCCAUUCAGGAGAGUCUUAUUGCCUGAGGGACGUAAGAGUCUCUUUUGGAAGAUGGCUGCCCUGCAGACGCCUUGUACGUUCCAGGAGGAGAGUAUUCAGGAAUUUCUUCAGAGGAAUCCAGGAGAAGAGAUUAAACAGGAGCCCUGUAAAGGAGUGCUUCAAGAGUGGGAAUCCCAGUGGCAGGAGUUCCUGCAGACUGUGGAGUCCUCUCAGACAGGGCAAGGGGUCCCGGAGAUCCUGGAAGAGCCCGCGCCAUGGGAUGACGCCAAGGGUUUCCUAACCUCCUUUGAGCAAGUGGCCGAAGCUUGCCGGUGGCCGGAAGAAGAGUGGGCGACCCACCUCCUCCCAGCCCUCCGGGGAGAAGCCAAGCAGGCUUUUAGCCGCCUCGAAGGCAGUGACCAGAAGGAUUACCAGAAGGUGAAGGGGGCCAUCUUGCAAGGGGACGCCAUCCGCCGGGAGAGACAGCGCCAGCACUUCCGCCAUUUCCGCUACCACGAGGCCGAGGGGCCGAGGGGGGCGUAUGACCGUCUCCAAGAGCUUUGCCGCCGGUGGCUGAAAGUGGAGAGUCACUCCAAGGAGCAGAUCCUGGAGCUGCUCAUCCUGGAGCAGUUCUUGACCGUCCUGCCCCCGGAGAUCCAGGACUGGGUGAGGGAACGCGGCCCUGGGUCUUGUCCCCAAGCGGUGGCCCUCGCUGAGGAUUUCCUCUGGAUGCAAAGGGAGUCUAAGCGAUGGGAGCAGCAGGUGGUGACGGAAGCUGCACCCUUGGAUGAAAUGCAGCCGGUUCUGUCUGAUACUGGGAGGAGGACUCUGAACGUGGUGAUCAAAGAGGAGACCGAUCCUGAAGAUAUCAACUCAGACACUGGUGAUAUUUGGCAGAAUGAAAACAGUAGAGACGACAUCUCAGAGGCCCCCUCAGAAAGGGUGGGGCAGCAAAAACUGGACAUGAACCUUGAAAGUCCUAGGAGGAAGAUAAGAAAGUACCAGACCGAUAAGUGGGGAAAAAACGCCAUGGUUUGCCAGAGUGUCACAUUCCAUAACACGUCUGUUCCAGAAGAGAAACAAAAUGAAAAGAGAAAGUAUAAGUGCAGUGUCUGUGGGAAAUUUUUCAGUUAUAAGUCAAGCCUGAAAAUACACCUGAGAAUCCACACAGGAGAGAAACCGUAUAAAUGCUUGGAAUGUGGGAAGAGCUUCAUUCGGAGCGACCUCCUGGCUUCACACCAAAGGAUCCACACUGGGGAGAAACCGUAUAGCUGCUCAUACUGUGGAAAAAGCUUUUGUGACCUGUCCACUCUCAUUAAACACCGUAGGAUUCACACGGGCGAGAAGCCAUAUGUGUGUAUUGAGUGUGGCAAGAGCUUCAGUCAGAAAGGAAUCCUUAAUGCACACCAGCGAAUUCACACUGGAGAAAAACCCCACAAAUGCAUGGAGUGCGGAAACAGUUUCAGUCGGAGCACCUAUCUUGCUUCUCAUCAAAGAAUCCACACGGAGGAGAAAAUGCAUAAAAAUACAGACUGUAACUGAGGUUUUUCCAAACAGCCCAGUCUUAUUUACCACCUGAGAGUUCAUGCUGGUGAGAAAUCCUCUAAAGGCCCUGCAUUCAGUCAAAAUGUAAAUCAGCAUGGGUCACGUGGGUCGCCUCAGAAAGCGUACAAGCUGAAUGACAAUAUCAGAGCUUUUGAAUGUGGGGAGCAGCUUCAGCUGGAGGCAACAUCUUGUGGGAGCUCAGAACGCCCUGCUAGUUAGCUUUCUGACUGGUCACCUGGGGCGACUUGAGGUUGCUUGCUGGCAAUCAGUGGGGUUUCCAAUCCAGCAGGGGUUAGAACUACAGACAUGGCUGUCUUCAUUGUGGAAAGAAAAGUGGUGAUUCAGGAGUGAACUAUUGCCAUUUUGUGGAACGACUUUGUGUGCCUCUUACAUUCUGUGGAAUGACUUUGUGUGCUUCUUAUAUUAGAAGCUCUAAGACCUGUCACAUUUGAGGGCAGGAGAAAGAAUGAAGGGUUUGUUCUUUUCCCCCACACAAUGACCACCAUACUCCCAUUCCCUUUACAUGCUCCUGUUCAGAAUGGUGCACAAGUGAGCAUUUGGCCAAUCAAAAUAAGUUUGGCUAAAUGUUCUCCCAUGAGCAUCUCAUAUAUUGUCAAACCGAUUGUUUUGAAAGUAUUCCCUUGAAGAUAAACAGCCACAAGAACAGCAGCGAUUGGGUAUAAUUUAAAACUUGAUGUGCAUCUCCAUUGGGCUCAGAUCAAUUUCCCAGUUUUUGCACGCAAACGCUUUUCACAGAAAUACUGCAGAAGGUGCUUCUGUGAUACGUGUAGUGGAGAAAUGUUGGAGAAAAUAUUUGGUGACUUUUCUGUGAGAAAGAGAGUUUUAAGAAGGUAUUUUUCCCCUUUAGCUUGGCUGCUCCAGCAGCAUUUCUGGCCACAACUGCUCAUGGGGUAUCCCUUUUAAGCCUUUUGUUUCUGUCCAUGGGGUUUUCUUGGCAAAGAUACUGGAGUGGCAUUGC